ACAACAGAACCGAACUCUCUCAGCUGAAAAAUUCACUCUUUUCCGUUAAACAGUUGAACAAAAAAAAUAAAAAACCGAAAAUGAAAAAGCAAAAGACCACCAACGACACCACGACGAACCCGUUCGACAUCUUCAGCGACGAGAUCGUGUUCGCCAUCCUGGACCACCUAAACGACGACGCUUUCGCCCGGCGAUCCUUCUCCGCCGUCUGCAAGUCCUUCUACUUCGUCGAGUCCCGUCACCGGCGGUCCCUCCGCCCCCUCCGCUCCGACCUCCUCCACCGGACCUUCCACCGCUACCCAUCCAUCUCCCUCCUCGACCUCUCCCUCUGCCCCCUCGUCGACGACGCCGCCCUCGCCGCCGUCUCCGUCGCCUGGAAAACGACGCUGCGUUCUGUCGACCUCUCCCGCUCCAGGUCCUUCACCGCCGCCGGGCUGGCCAACCCCGCCGCAAAGGCGAAUUGCUCCGGGUUGGUCGAGAUCGACCUGUCGAACGCGACGGAGCUGACGGACAUGGCGGCGAAGGCGAUCGCGGAGGCGAAGAAUCUGGAGAGGCUGAGAUUGGGGAGGUGUAGAUCGGUGACUGAUAUUGGAAUCGGAUGUGUAGCCGUUGGGUGUAGGAAAUUGAAGUAUGUUUGUCUGAGAUGGUGCUUGAGGAUUACGGAUUUGGGAGUUGGUUUGAUUGCUAUGAAAUGCAAGGAGAUUCGAAGCUUGGAUCUUUCUUACGUACCGAUUACUGAGAAAUGCCUUCCUCCUAUAUUGCAACUGCAACAUUUGGAGGAUUUGGUUCUUGAAGGAUGCCAUGGGAUUGACGAUGAUGGCCUCGCAACACUCACACAUACUUGCAAGUCAAUUAAGAUGAUUGAUGUAUCGAAUUGUCAGAAUCUCAGUCACGUUGGUUUGUCUUCUUUGACUAAUGGCGCUGAAUCUCUAGAACAGCUUGUCUUAGCAAAUGGCCCAGCGGUCACCACUGAUCUGGCAAAAUGCCUCAACCAAUUUUCCGGGUUGCGGUCGAUUAGACUAGAUGGUUGUUUGGUUACAUGUUCCGGGAUCAAUGCCAUUGGAAACUGGAACGCCUCUCUAGUUGAGCUGAGCUUCAGUAAGUGCUCGGGACUUACUGACGAGUGUCUCAUCUUCCUGGCUCAGAGACACAAAGAAUUGAAGAAGCUAAACAUCACUUGCUGUCGAAAGAUAGCUUGCGCCUCAAUAGAUGGUAUGACAAAUUCAUGUACCUCCCUUACUUCCCUCAAGAUGGAAUCUUGCAGCCUGAUUCCAAAAAAUGCCUUUGUGUUGAUUGGACAGCGCUGCAGAUUAUUGGAGGAAUUGGAUGUCACGGAUAAUGAAAUCGACAAUGAAGGUUUGAAGGCCAUCUCAAGAUGUUCUAAACUUCGGAGUCUAAAGCUGGGGAUAUGCUUAAACAUAACUGAUGAUGGACUUGUACAUGUUGGGAAUGGUUGUUCGAAGCUGAAAGAGCUUGAUCUUUACAGGUGUUCGGGAGUAAGUGACAUGGGCAUUGGAGCAAUUGCUCGUGGCUGCACUGCUCUGGAGAUGAUUAACAUUGCUUACAACAGCAAAAUCACAGACUUGUCGCUCACGUCCUUAUCAAAAUGCUCUAGUCUAAAGGUGCUCGAAAUUCGAGGGUGUCCCUGCAUCUCCUCUGAGGGUCUAUCAGCCAUUGCGAUUGGAUGCCGGCAACUCACUGUGCUGGACAUCAAGAAGUGCUUCAACAUCAAUGAUAGCGCAAUGCACCCACUUGCUCAAUUCUCUCAAAAUCUCAAACAGAUAAACUUGUCAUAUUGUUCGGUUACAGACGUCGGCCUAUUAUCUGUAACCCGCAUCAACCGCCUGCAGAACAUGACAAUCCUUCACUUGGCAGGGCUGACCCCAAAUGGCCUAGCUGCUGCCCUGUUAACAUGUGGAGGCUUAACAAAAGUCAAACUUCAUACAUCGUUUAGACCAUUAUUGCCUAAACAUAUCUUCAAAUAUAUGGAGGCUCGCGGCUGUGUGUUCCAUUGGAGAGAAAAAGCAUUCGAGGUAGAAAUAGAUCCCAAGGGAUGGCAACUGCACUUGGGAAGGCGUUCUGAAGCUUCAUAAAAACAGAAAAUGAAAGUGUUACUAAAAUAAGCCGUGUACUUUCUUGCCAAAUUCUUCGUUUAUGUUAAAUAAUAAACACUUGAAUAUAGCUUGUAUUUGAUUAC